AAUGAUCAUCGGGCCGAGUAAAACAAGGUCAUACAAACUGGUUUGGAUUGAGCGUCAACAGUUUUUGUUAAGAGCAUGUGUAGAUACUUAUUUGCGGUGAAUUUGGCGUGUAAUGUACACAUAAUUGGUUUCAUGCUCCAAUCUCGUGAAGAGGGCUUUGCGGCCACAGGACUAUUUGAUGUAUGUAUUGACAGAACUGAGCGCAGCUCUAGAGGAUGGUAGUUUAUUAGAUUGCCACCGUUAUUGUGUUAUCCCAUGGAUUACCCCAAGCUGUUUUCUCCUAUGUGUGAGAAAGCAGAUUUCUGAAGGAAAGCGGAUAAUACAAGUAUUCUAUAACUGUAGGUAGCGGCUGACGGGGACAUUGUGAUGCAAGAGAUGGGAUGCUGAUUCAGAGGAGGAGAAGUAUGUAACGUCUGUGAGUUCUGGUGCUCGGUCAUGCGAUGGAUCUUAAAGUUUAUAGAACUUGACAUUCGUAGAGGAUAUGCGAUACAUACUUCACGGAUGAACAUACGAUGUGUUGGUUUGUGACGGAGUACUGGGUUGUCAUUGUGAGAAUUCGUUGUCAAAAAGGAAGUACGUGUGGGUUUGCUGAAUUGGUGAACUGGUUCACGAAGGUUUAUGCGUGUGGUUAUCUGAUAGUGUUAUGUGAUGGGACGGAGCCCAGUUUGUUUGAUGAAAUGAUACAACGUAUUGGCAAUCACAUAACGAAUGUAUCCAAUCAGGUAGUGAGACUGGCUGGAUAUACAAUAACUCCGAGUAACCUUUGUGAAAAACGUUUUGUGUGGGACAAAGACGUAUGCGUGUAUUUCGCCAAAAUAGACCAGUAGCUAAUCCAACAGAUGACAAAAACAUCAGCGUUUGGAUUAGAAACUUGAUUAUAUUAGAAAACAAAACUUUCAUCGGAAGACCAUAACGAGGAGUGUCAUUGUAUUUAUAAUUUCUGUUUUGGUGAUGUGCUUCUAAUCACCAUGUACAUGCUUAUAUUCCUGUUGACGUCCGCGGUGCACGCUGUGACCUCUGACGUCCAUUACGUUGACCUUCUGCGAGGUCACGACCUCAAGUCCGAGGUCGUGUCCAAGUCCACCCUACAAGUCAUCCAGCUACAGAUCAUCGAGCUCAAGAAGCUUGUAGAAAAACAACAAACGGUUUUAGCUCAGCUGGUCGAAGGGCAGAAUAAACUAGCUAAGUAUAAAUCCAGAGAAUUAAGGAAGAACAAGCAUACACGAAGAUACCUCAGGAAAAUAUACAAGUCAUGCACAUGCGAAUCUCGCAGCAACCCCGCAAAGUAUUACAGCAAGGUCAUGGACGAUGCCAAGGGAGACAACUCCAAAAGAAUGAUACUUUUUGACAGAUCGAAAUCCGAUGAUGUCACUAAGAGCAAGAAUGUCUUGUUGGGUGACAGUAACAGUAUACCCGACGAAGGGAGUAUGAUUAAUGUGCGUGUCCCUCAAGGAGACGGAGGUGACGCGACUAGAGGUCUGAGAGACUCUCAGGUAGUGAUUGCACCACCCACACAGGAUACCAGUGACCAAAAUGGGGGUGACAAGGUAUUGGAUGGUCUACCCGAAGAUGAGCUAAGACCGACAUCAACUACGGUACAAUCAACGUCGACACAGUCGUUAACAACAUCUGCAACAACAGAGACUCCAGUAAUGUUUGGAGAUGGUUCUGACUUCAAUGAAGAAUCAUAUGAUGUCUUUGUCAAUCUGGAGUCAGGGAAAGUCUGGGGUAACCAUAGCGACGUCAUAUGGCUUCACCCGCCUUCAGAGGAAUCAUCGUCCUUGUGUAGUCGUCAGGGAUUGGCCCGUUUGCAAUUCCGUCAGCCGUCGUCCAAUCAGCGACACGAUAAGAUCAAGAUUGACAUGUGGUUUGACUCGCCUAGUGGUUGGGUCUUCAACGUCGGCGAUUCCAAAUCUAACGAUGGAGGAUCCGGAGAUGGAACCACCCAAGAGAAUGAUUGUGAGGCUCAAGGUUAUGGCGCAUCUUUCUCCAUCCACGGAAGUGACAAGUCUCCAAAUCCCUUGAAGAAGAUGUUAUAUGAAAGUAGAGACUUCAUCACGUCACGUGUUACACUGAUUGUCAAAGAUGAAACGAUCACAUGGGACAACCAUCAUGGAAACGCCAACUUCUUACAGAGCCCCGCCCUGUUUGCUCUCAACAACCAAUCAGACAGCCAGGGUCCUGUCAACCGGGACAUAUAUCUGUCACUCAACAGGGUGAUAGCGGGGACAUACAGAAGUGGGCGUGGUUUAUGUAAUGUGGCUCUGAAGUGGUUGGAAUAAAUGUACAAAAUAUCGUAUAAUUUAAACAUGCAAUAUGCCUAUUUGGUGCAGCAGUCAGUGGAAUAUUCACUCACUGUCAUAAAGAAGUCGUUGAAUUCAUACAAGAACCUCCCUUCCCCUCGUAGUAACCACGUCCCCAACAAUUAAUAGAGAAUAAUUUGAUUAUCCAAUUGUGCACGUUUGUAUCUGUAUAAUCCCAACUUUUCAUUUCUGAAU